GAAAUAUAAUGCAAAUCAAAUUGUCUGUGUUGGUCCCUGCCACCCAUACUUCUCCCUUAAGCAAAUUCCAGAAAGUUCCAUUAGACAAGAAACUUCAUUUAUGCCAACCACCCUUCGUUUCAUUACUUCUAGGAACUUUCUCACCUUCUUAGAACUUUCAAUCUCUAAAUUUUAUUUCCCCUUAUUUUCUUUUAAUUGACUUUAUCAACCACCUUUCUCAAAUUAGAAAGUGUUAGUUACUAAAAUAGAUUCUUUUUCAGUUUGGAGAUGUUGGAAUGACCAUCUUCAAUUUAAAAACAGAGUGAUUUGGAAGGAGCCAUCUUUCUCAUUUGGUGAUUACAAUCAUCAUCUUCAGACAUUUAUAUAGUAAGUUUACUGAAGUUACCAAAGUUUCAAUCUUUUACCUUGUCUUUGUCCAGGUCUGAGUACUGUAUAUGAAGUGUGAUUAAAAUUUAUCUCAAAUCUUAAAAGGGGGUAAAAAAUAAAACCCUCUUAAGAAAUUUUAUAUAUUGUCAUAAUCUUGAUCAUGAAUCCCUCAUACCCAGUUAAAAAGGAGAAUCCAGGAUCAAGUUCUUCGAGCGGAGAACAACAGGAGAUGGUAUUGCAGCCACAGCCAAUGGAGGGGUUAAAUGAAAUAGGCCCUCCACCCUUUCUUAACAAAACAUUUGAUAUGGUUGAUGAUCCAGCCACUGCUCACAUUGUUUCUUGGAGUAGAGGGGGUCAUAGCUUUGCUGUAUGGGACCCUCAUGCUUUCUCUACCAAUCUUCUCCCAAGAUACUUCAAGCACAAUAACUUCUCAAGCUUUGUGAGACAGCUGAAUACUUAUGGUUUUAGAAAGAUUGAUCCAGACCUAUGGGAGUUUGCGAAUGAAGCAUUUCUACGUGGUCAGAAGCAUCUUCUAAGAAAUAUAAAGAGACAAAAGGCGCCUUCUCAGCCUCCUGUUGAAGCUGGACAGUUUGGAAUGGAUGGGGAAGUCGAAGGUCUGAAGCGUGACAAACAGGUUCUACUGAUGGAACUAGCAAAACUUGGGCAACAGCAGCUAGAUACCCGAGCUUACCUGUUAUCCAUGGAGCAGAGGCUACAAGGGACAGAAAAGAAACAGCAACAUAUGAUGAGUUUCCUAGCAAGAGCCAUACAAAAUCCUGCUUUCAUAAACCAGUUAGUCCAGCAAAAGGAGAAAAGAAAAGAUCUGGAAGAUUCAAUUACUAAAAAAAGGCGGCGCCCAAUUGAUCAAGGCCGCAGAGGUUUUGAACUUGGAGAAUCAAGCCAAAGCACUCGAGGAGUACUAAAGCCCAUCAAAGCUGAGCCUACAGAAUUUGGAGACUAUUAUGGGCUUCCAGUGUCUGAACUGGACGUACUUGCAUUAGAAAUGCAGGGAUUCGGUAGAGCAAGGAGUGAGAAAGAGGAAGAAAAUGAAGGGUUUGAGAAAUUUGAGAGUGAUGAUAAAGAACUUGAUGACGAAUUCUGGGAAGAAUUAUUGAGCGAUGGAUUUAAUGAUGAAUUAGGUACCAGUGGAAAUGAAGAAGGUGAGGAGGAAGAUGUCAGUGUCCUGGCUCAUAGGAUAGGCUUCUUAGGUUCAAGCCCCAAAUAGGAUGUGAACUUCUUCACAUAACCCUUUAUGUACUUGUUCAAGCCCCAAAUAGGAUGUGAACUUCUUCACAUAACCCUUUAUGUACUUGUUCAUUGUCUCGUUAGAAAUCACAUUCAGUAACUGAUCUCUUUCGUGUGUUUUUUUGUGUUCUCUCUGUCUUAUUCUCUGUAUUAGGUCCUUCGGGUAAAAUAUGAAGAUGUGAAUUCUUCUCCAAAUCUUUUGGUUCCUUGUCUUCCAGCUCCGUUUGAAAUAGCUAGUUCCUUGCUUCAUCAGACACUGCUUUAUGGUUAAUUGUUUCCUUUUCUCGUGUAGCUUAGGCGUUGAUGCAAUUAGAGUUCUGCUGGAUCUUGACAUUUGACAGAAGACAUAAUACAGAGGCUUCUGUCUAUGUAAAAUAUCUUGUUGCUGGUGUUUUUACUCCUUUAUUGCACUGCCGUAUUAUCUUCCUUCUUCCUUGUGAUGCACUUUUUCUUUCGUUUGUCUCUUUCUUGAUCCGAUAUUCAAAUUGCAGCAAUUUAUAGGUCAGAUGUUCAGUAGGAUUUUCUUUGAGGUCAACUUUUAUAUCUCUUGAAAAACCAAAACUCUACAUGACAUCAACUGAUUAACUCCUGUUACGAAAGCGUCUGAUCUGUCUUCCUCUUGUUUUUCUUUUCUGUCUCAGUUAAGAUAUCGGUAUCAUGCUAAUCUGCUAAGGCUCAAACUCAGUUAAGUGACCUUUUGCAAGCGACAACUGAUCUGACCGUAUGUUUCUUUUUAUCUCCUUUGCUCUGGUGACAGAAGAUUGAGUUUUGCAGUCUGGCUCCUGUUCAUCUUCACCUACUCUACACUCAUCAGAGGUAUCACAUGUGAUUCUCUUGCUACAAUUUGGAUACAUAAUCUUUUCCGGAUCAUAUCAUUGGGGUAACCAGUUUGUACACGGUGAAAACAUUGUUGUUCUUGUUUUGUUGCACCAGACUUACAUCUUACAGUAUCAUAAUUGAUGUACUCUUUAUCCGUA